GGCGCCCGCCAACAUGACUCACCUGCAGGCGGGCUUGUCCGCCACCACCCUGGAGAAAGCCAAGGCGGAGCUUAAAGAGAACUCUGACACUCUCCAUCAGGACAUCCAGGAGGUCCGGGAUAUGAUCAUCACCCGGCCGGACAUCGGCUUCCUCAGGACGGACGACGCCUUCAUCCUCAGGUUCCUGCGAGCCAGGAAGUUCAACCACUUUGAGGCGUUUAGACUGCUGGCCCAGUACUUUGAGUACCGCCAGCAGAACCUGGACAUGUUCAAGAACUUGAAGGCCACAGACCACGGCAUCAAGCAGGCCCUCAAGGACGGCUUCCCCGGUGUGCUGUCCAACCUGGACCGACACGGCAGGAAAAUACUGGUUCUGUUUGCCGCCAACUGGGACCAGAGCAGGUACACGUUUGUGGACAUCCUGAGGUCCAUCCUGCUGUCCCUGGAGGCCAUGAUAGAAGACGCCGAGCUGCAGGUGAACGGCUUCAUCCUCAUCAUCGACUGGAGCAACUUCACCUUCAAGCAGGCGUCCAAGCUGACCCCCAGCAUGCUAAGACUCGCCAUCGAGGGGCUGCAGGACAGUUUUCCUGCCAGGUUUGGAGGGAUCCACUUUGUGAACCAACCGUGGUACAUCCACGCUCUCUACACCGUCAUCAGACCCUUCCUCAAGGACAAGACCAGGAAGAGGAUCUUCAUGCACGGCAACAACCUGAACAGCCUCCAUCAGCUGAUCCACCCUGAGAUCCUACCGUCUGAGCUGGGAGGCAUGAUGCCGCCCUACGACAUGGGCACUUGGGCGCGCACGCUGCUGGAGCACGCCUACGACGAGGAGACAGAGUACGGCCCCGAGUCCUACACGCUGUCGGUGCAAGACCUGGAGAGGGACCUGGAGAAGGACCUGUCUCCCAAAACCAUGAAGAGGUCCCAGUCGGUGGUGGAGCCCGGCGUACUAAAACGACCAGACAAGGUCAAGUGUGACGAGGACAACAUGCAGCCGCUGCUCUCGCUGGACUAAAAAAAAGCAGCUGGAAGACUUCCGAGUCCUCAACGGGACACAGAGAGAGCCAAGGUCCCCUCAAAGAAGUCUGCAGACGCUCCUCAACGUCCCACACGGAGCUUCUAAUGAUGGACCUCCAUGUGUCUUUGUCAAGUGCCAAGUCUGGGGAAAACACCAAAUGAUUGUCUUGAAACGCUUUUGUCCUCCGGAGGGACAAGCUCCAGGAACAACGAGACGGGAAAAAAAAGAAAGAAGAAAUUUUAAAGGAUUUCACAAGCUCGGCUCAGGAUCAGCAGAAAGGACGUUUAUCCUCCAAGAGACGCCGUAACGAGCAAACGUCCCUUUACAGGACAUCACUGGUAUUUUCAUUUCCUUUCUUUUCAUUACCACCAGGAAGUUGGAGUCCAUAAACUGGUGUCGGUUAUUAACAAGUACACUCGUCCCUCGUUGGUAGCGGUUAAUUGGUUCCAGACGAUGUAGGAUUCAACGUUAAUAAAUGGAAUAUUUUCGUAGUUAGAGCAUAGAAAAUCUGUUUGUGACUCUCUAAAUAAGUUUUUAACAUCAUUAGAGCCCUGUGGACAUGAAAUAACACCCCACAGUCACCUUUAUUCCGGAUUGGGUAACGAAUAUGCUGCAGGGACUCGAACCAGUUAGCCUCGGAUUAAUUUAUUCUAAAUUUAAGAAAGGAUUUCAAUCGGAGUGGAGAAGAAGGACAAAGUAAGAAUCCACAAACGUACCACUUCCACACGGAAUGGGAGGAGAAGCUUUUUUUUCCCCGAAUGCAAGGGAGGGCAAUGUAAUAAGGAUGCAUCCUUGUCACCUUACUGCCGCCUUGUGGCCAGAAUACGACACAUCACUUGUGUUUCAGUAUGUUGUCACUAACACACAGCAAUCAUUAAGCAAUUAAUUAGCUUCCCCAAAAACGUGAUACAGCGAGGGAGCGAUAAUCGAACCGCGAUACUGCGAGGGACGACUGUAUCCGUGACUGAAAAAACCUAAAAGCGUGUUUUUAAUGUAUGGAAAGCGCACAUUCAUACAUUUUUUGUUUUAAAUAAUCAGCGUUGAAGAGAAGCACUAAAACCAAAACUCGCUCCUCGUUUGCUGGCGGGGUGAACGUAUUCGCUACUAAACAGCAGCUAACGUACUGCAGCCUGCGAGCUCAAGCGGAAAAAGGCAUGUAAAAUAUUCUACUGUUUACAGUCAUGCUAACAGCUAAUUAAGCUUUGACGCUAACUGCCCCCCUUGCAGCGUUUAAACUAAGCUAACUUGUUUCACACAUGUAUUUGUUUAUUUUUAACAGCCACACAUUGGUAAUUCAUGUUUUACACUCAGUGGACAGUAAUGAUGUUAGUAAACAUACAGUAAAUGUGUUAGCGUCAGCUGCUAGCAUAGCGCUCCUCUAGCCUAGCUUAGCCUCACAGCAGAUUGAAUUAAAAAGUGACUUUUUAUAGUUGUUGCAAGAUUCGUAUUUAUUGCAGAACUACACAGGGAAAAUUGAUGAUGUAAAGUCGAAAUUGGCUGAAAUGUUGUCAGUAUUAACGGUAUUAACGGUUAGCUUCUGUCACGUCGUGAUGACUUGUCACUCAGUGUUAGCGAUCGGUUCAGAAAAGUGGGAUAAAUAGAGCAAAAAAAAAGGCAAAAUGUAAAGAGAAGAAGCUGAGAUGUUGAUACUAAUAAUAAAACAAGGGUUUUUCUUGGAUUUUCAGUAUUGGACACCCCUGGAUUAGCUUGUUUCUGGUGUUUUAUUGCGCUGGUAGCACUUGAUGCUGCCUGACAUCACGUCCAAAGUUGUGACCGGUGAAUGUUGAAACCAUCGCAGCUCAAAGCAGACUUUGGUCACAUGGAUGUAACAACAAAUGUACUUAUUAUGUUACUUUUAGCGCUAAACAUCACCUUUCCGGCCACUGAAGAUGCUUCCAGUUGCUAGGAUACAACGUUUACAUUUAAUAAAUGUCACUUUUUUUUUUUUUAAUGAGCUGCAUGUCGUCUUUCACACUCCCAUUAAUGUACGCCAGAAGGAAAUGCUAACUUGUUUCACUGAUACCAGGGGCUAAAUUGUGUCAUGUGACUCGCUGUUGCCUCUUGAGGUGGGCGGUGGUAUUGCAGGCAAGGACAGCCUUGUGUGCGUGAAGAAACACAGCAGGUGAAAAUGUUUACUUUUAUGACAAAUACACUUUACCACACUGAAUGUUAUUUUGUGUAUUUUACUUUUUCAGGAUAUAUUUUCUUGGAUUAUUCCAGCACACGGAAUAUGACGUGGUUAAAAAAAAGGUGGCAUCGUUGAAAGAAAAAUAAAUCCUUGGUGUAAAAACAGAGACGCUAGUUUGUUGCUGCAAAACGAGAUUUUGGGUGAAAUUGAGCUGUAAAUACAGAAUGUUAUUAUUUAUUUUUAUUUUUUUUAAUGUCUUCCAGAGGGAAUAAACACUUAAAAGUCACACAAAGGUGAUUGUUUAUAGACACAAACCUCACAUAAUGUAUCAUAUAUCACUAAAUGUACUGAUUGUCCACAUUGUUCUUAUUCAAAUAAAUGAUGUUUGUACGUC